AUGUUCUUCAAAAUGGCCCCUACUUCCCUGGCUUAUCGCUUCCGACAAUCCGUUGCCCCGACCGCCCUCCGAUCCUAUGCUGCCGAGUUCAUCUCCACCUUCUUCUACGUCUUCUUCGUUGUUGGAGCAUCAAUCGCCUCCCGGAAGUUUGUGCCCGGGGCUGCUGCAACCGACCCAUCGAGCCUUUUGGUGGUGGCUAUAGCCAAUGCCUUUGCUUUGGCCUCAGCCAUUUACAUUGCUGCCAACGUCUCUGGCGGACAUGUCAACCCGGCGGUGACGUUCGGGAUGGCAGUCGGCGGCCAUAUCAGUGUUCCUACCGCUCUCUUCUAUUGGUUUGCUCAAAUGCUUGCCUCUAUCAUGGCUUGCAUUGUUCUUAGAGUCACCAUUGUUGGACAGCGCGUUCCAAGCUAUGUCAUUGCCGAGGAGAUGACGGGCUUCGGAGCAUCGGUGGUAGAAGGUGUAUUGACGUUUGCUCUAGUGUACACUGUUUUUGUCGCUAGUGACCCGAGAAGAGGUCCAUGCAAUGCGAUCGGCGCUGUGAUGGUCGGGCUGAUGGGCGGAGCCAACGUGCUGGCUGCCGGGCCAUUUUCCGGUGGAUCGGUGAACCCAGCGUGUGCGUUCGGGUCGGCAAUUGUGGCUGGGAGUUUCAAGAACCAGGCAGUGUACUGGGUUGGGCCGUUGAUCGGAGCAGCUCUGGCCGGGAUUGUUCACGAUAAUGUGAUUUUUCCGACCGAAAAUGUAGAUUCAUUCACAGGGGUUCCUGAGGUUGUUGCUGUGUAA